AUGAUCCAGCUGAUGGUACUGCUAUACAAUUGGGUGUGGAAAAACGAGUAUACGCCAAGUAGAUGGAGGGAAGGAGUUGUUGUGAACUUGUUCAAGAACGGAGACAAGACCGACUCAGGAAACUACAGGGGGAUCACACUGUUGAACACGGUAGGAAAGUGUUCUGCAGGUUUCCGCAAGAAGAGGAGGUGCAUAGACCACGUAUUCACGGUAGGGAAGAUCAUCCAAGGUAGAAAGAGGGCAGGAAAGCCGACGUACUGCUUCUUCCUGGACAUGAAAAAGGCAUAG